AUGUCCAACCUACUAACCACUGCCGUCUCCAUUGCCUUUGUUGGCAAUGUCGUUCUGCCACCAGAAGCUGUGCGGAUGCUGGAGGAACUCGAGACUGAGUCCCAAGGCACAAAGUAAAACAGGUGAGUUCCCUAUCCCGAUCGGCGAGCGCCCCCGUGAGCCGUACCAUGACGACUACAAAUAACGAAGACUAAAUACCGACCUCCAACCAACAAGUCGCGGGGUCGAGCCCCAGGGGUUUCAAAACCUGGGAUUAGGUAUGGCUGACUGACGAUGGCUAAUGUGUCAAAAAUGGCCAUUCGUACCUUCCCUGCCUUCGUCGGCAAUGUUAUUCCACUUUAAACUCUGUUGUAAUUGCGUUCACUGAUCUGGUUACGGAAGGAGUAUAUCCCGAGCCUGGGAAUAAUUCCCUCUAAUAACAAAAUGUGGACCUUAAAUGGGAAAUCCGGUCUCUUCCAACCUGCCCCCCCCCCAGACCACGCCCUCUAAGAGCUCUGAUCUAGUUAGUUCAGCCAAGAAGUGUCUAAAAUAUGAGAUAUUGUUCAUACAAAGGUGUGCGAAUCAAUGUCUGGACGACUGUCGAUUCCAAAUGGUCAGCUUUUCAGGAAUUUUACAAAAAACCGGUGAGAUAAUUAAAUACAAGGCGAAGUUUAGAGCAUUCCUUUUAUUGACCUUUGUAUCUGACACAAAACUCUGCGGCUAGACAAUACCGUAGUGUUGUGCUAGGGGGCGCACAUUUGUCAGCCAAUGCUAUGACUUCCGCGACGGUCACCUGUGUAGUGGUUUCUUGGGUAAAAGUUAGUAAUUAAAAAAUCAGAAAUGAAUUCACAUUUUCACACUGAAAUCAGCAUUCGGCACAUAGAUGAGUCCCUGGGAAAGAUGAGUAUCUCGAGGAUUUUUUAGUAGACUUUUCAAAUUUCCAUAUCAUCGCAUUCUUAGGGAGUAGUGUACUUUCCUAAAUGAUGUCAACAUGCAGUCUUUUCGGGUGUUUUAUUUAACCUAUCCUGUAUUGCGCAAGUCUACUUCAAGGCCCAAGGACUUAACUGAUCUCACGACUAAAUUAUAUAAUUUAAUUGUAAACCUGUUAAUUCUUUCGGAGCAUCUACUUUCAUACCUUUUAAAUAAACGAGAACGAUGUAGAUUCUAUGUACAGGUAAAGUCGUGUGUGAAGUCAUAUCAUCGAGAAUAUCGGACUUUGCAAUUCCAACUCCGCAAACGCAUGUCUCGACUAACUGAAGGAGGUCAUCUGAUGGGAUCAUCUGGAUGGAAAAUUCAUGUGGCAUUUAGAACUGUUCCAGUUAAGUCAUUUCAUUGAAAACCUGCACGCAAGAGACCGGUGUCGUUAUGGCAUCUUCGCAAAUCUGCCAAAAACCCGAUAUAAGUUCUUAUUGUCUUUAUCAAUAAUAUUUUUCGAUAAUACUCUCUGCCCACCUUUAAAUAUGCAGCACUACCAUAUUUGAGAUUCAGUUUUGUCGGAAUUAAGCGCUUUUACAGCUCCAAUGCCUCCUUAAUAUCAAUGCUCCAAUGAAUACCUGAUCCACAUCCCCGAACAGUGUGCAGACAAUCUGUCUCUAAGUAAAAAGGUGCUGUGUGGUAGAGCAUAACGGUAACCAGGUGGUCGAAGUCCCUCAAAGAACGAGUUAAAAGGUUAUAUUCUGGGGUCGUCAGAGAGCGGACGGGCAUAAUUUAGAAAAGGGGAGUGCAAAUUAAAUUUCUCUUUCUGUCCCACUGAAUCAUGCUCAUUAACUGUCUGAUAAUGAGCCAUAGCUAUCUAGAUAACAAGAAAGUCUUGGUUCAACAAAGUUUUAAAGUUCUCCUAUUUAAAAUCAAAAUUCUUAUUUCCGAUUGUCAUCUACCACUGCGAAAUGACCUACAGUUGCGCCAAAUCAUAAGUACCCGACCGUCACCGCGUCCGCGUUGCCUGCUGAUUGGUGCGCAGAAUAUAAUAUUCGCGCGCGUCAACGUCGCGAUUAUGAUGAGCGACCAAUCAGAAUAUUAUAAGUUACUUUGGACAGGUCGCCUUCAUGCUCGCCUCUCUAAGCGCCUCGGAGACGAUCGUUCAGUGUCUUAUUAGAAAUGCAGCGUCACGACUGCUCUACUGGAAGCAUUUUGUUUGAAAUAAUCUAGUAGGUUGAGCCACUGGAGUGAAAUUGUACAUAUUUGUAUAAUGUCGCUGCCAGUGUACUAUUUUUAUGUCUGAUCUGUAUGGAUGAAAGGACGAAUCGGUCCAGGAGUCAGAAGUCUGGUGGCCCAGAUGCGGAUUUCAACAAAACACUCGAAAACUAGCCCGUAAAUCAGGUCUCAGUGACUGUUGUAGCAGAGAUAACGUAAAAACGCCCUUCAAAAUGCUGAGUCGAACCGGUGAAAAGAAAUAGAGAGAGAGAGGAGAGGAGGAAAUGCGCUUUAUUUUGAAAUCGUAAUUUCAAAAUUUUCAGCAAAAAAAUGGCUCCAUUCACUGUGGGUAGUAAAUAAGUUAAGAGAUUAUUCAACAGUCAAAGAAACGAUUAUUAUGGGGAUAGUUCAACUCUGAGCUUCUGUAUUUCUGUCUCUUCGCACGUAAGAUAUCGCGCUAGGAAUGGCAAUACAGAGGCUCGAUAAGCCGAUGUGCGACAGGGUAUAAGACGGAAGUUGCGGCGCAUCGGGCGGGAAGACUUGGCAGCCAUAAGAUCGGAAUGUAGGGGAUGGGCAACGUCAUCUAGAAUUCGACCAGCAAAUUGCUUGACCGCAUUGAAGUGUCGUUGUAAGAUUGUGUCAACUAAAAAAAUAUGAGAAACGCCAGCAGCAGAAGAGAGCAUGCGGAGGAUUCGUUUCAAAAUUAAAAGAUCCUUUUUUAACAGAGCAGGAAAAACGACAGGAGAACAGUAUAGGAUAAGAGGAAGAAUGCAGGCAUCAAUGAAUCGCCAGACUAAGGGUUGAGGUGUGUAGUAGGAACGCAAACGACGAAUGUAGUAAAGGAGUUUACGAACUUUAAUAAAUAUGGACCCAAUAUGGACGGAAAAAGAAAGAUUUGAGGACAAAGUAACGCCGAGAUACCUGAAAGAGGAUACCUCAUUAGGAAGAAUGUCAGAGGAAUCAGGGUUAGGAGAGGGCCGCAGUCGAAAAAUACACUGAACGGAUUUUUGGUUGUUAAUUAGGAGACCAUUUUCCUCCGACCACGCUAGGACAUGGUUUAGGCCAUCCUUUAGAGACCGGAGGUGUGUCUGACUUUUGAGAGGGUGUCCAACAACCACAUCGUCAGCAUACUUGAUCAGAAGACAGUCAUUAGGGGACCUGAGAUCAUCAGUGUGGAGGAAGAAAAGGUGAGGGGAUAGAAUGGAACCUUAAAGAACACCGCAGUCAUUGGGAAGGGUCGAAGAUUUUCGCUUGCCAGAUUGGACAAAUUGGGUGCGGAAGCUAAAAUAAUCGCUCAGCCAAGAGACGACCGAGCCUGGAGAGCCACAUUCGGAAGUUUUGGAAAGAAGAAGAGGACGCGGGACGGUAUUGAAGGCGGAGGAGUAAUCCAGAAAAGCGCACGCAUACUCGCGGCAACCCUUGUCUAAUGCUUUUAGAGCAGAGUGGACCACAAGAGCGACAGCAUCUAAAGUACUCCGUUUAGCUUUGUAUGCAAAUUGAAAGGGGUCGGAAAAACUGGAAGAAAAAGGCUUUAUGAUAUCUAGGGCAACUCUUUCAGCAAGCUUUAGUAUUGCAGAGGAGCAGGCAAUUGGGCGAAAAUAUUUAGGAAAAGAUUUAGCGGAUAGCUGAAUCACCACGGCACAUAACACUGCCCAGGCACACAUACCGUUUUCAGCUAUGUAGAUUGAAUGAUUUUGACGGGCAAGGACUUAUACUUACUUGCCCAGUUUUCAGAAAAAUUUGGUUUAAAUAUAUCUGCUUUAGUCACCUCCCGAGCAAAUAAUUGCCUAAGCAAACAAUGAACUAUUUAUCGACCAAAUAUAUUGUUUCACACGUUUUCAUGACAAAGAAUCAACAGCAUUGAUACUCGUUCAUCUAAAAUGACUUCAAAGUCCUGGAGACAAUGCCCUCAUGCAAGGAGUUCAUCAGUGUCAUACCGACUUACAUGCUAUAGUAGAAUUCCUAAUGCCAGUUUAAAGCGAACGUAGGCAGUCACGAUUUGACAUGGUGCGAAAUAUGUGUGUCAGAGCGAGGUAGGUAGCUGGACUCGUUGGAUAGUGGGCGCUUUCGUAUGCUUACCGCAAGCCCAAUGAUAAAGGCUAGAAAAUAUAGGUAGUAAGGGCCUCCAUCUCAAGGAAUUUGAUUUCAGAGGACAUAGCAAACGAAUUAGGAAGACGACAUCUGAAGACGAACCCUUUUCUCGCGGCAAACUCGGACAUAUUCUUCAAAAAUUGUCCGCUCCUACAUUUGAUAGGUAAAGACUGACUACCUUUACAAGCCAAAUCGAUGUGCAUUUACUCCUUCACUUGUUCCUGUGGAGCGGGAUGUAUUUGACGUGCAACGAGGCGCCUGGAAACCAGAGUGCAUGAACACGCACCGGCCUGGCUAGGCAGAGGUGAAAGUAGAUCGAUUUCCAGUUCUGUUCGCGCACACCUUGUCGAUAAGAAUCACAGAAUCAAUGUCAAAGAAGACUUUCAAGUUGUUUAUCGGACACCAGCAAAUUUCUCCAAAGGCCUACGCCAGCCGAGGCAAUGGCUAUACGACUAGCGAAUCCAGCACUGUGCUGUCAGAAGACGUUCUGUCUUCCGUGGCCAGCUCCGACCCCAGCUAGUUAUGUCAUGCCGCCAAAGCCUCUGCUGACAAUUAUAUGUGCUCAGCGUACUCGAAUUACAAUCGUCCACAGCCUAUGUUAACUUCCUCACCAUGCGGGUGGCACGGGAACUAUGAGUGUUAAUAACCCCUGAGACACUUGUAAACCCUGUGAACUUAUCAUAUUUUCAUCCUCUAUGAAACUGUAUGGGCCUGUUGAUGAAGUGCCGAAAACAUGUGCUUGUCAACUGAACCUCUCAAUUAAUAUCCGAGCUCGGAACUGUCUGACCCUGCAUCUCGCAGCCUGGUCGGUGGACGCCAUCCAACUAUAUUUAGUAUUACCAUCACAACGGACAGGACAGGGAGUCCGUAGCUCAAUUAUAUAGCGUCUAAUUAUUCCAUAUUCAAUGGCCAGAGAACCCGGGUUCGAAUCCCAGUUGUCGGAAACCCGGCUGACUGAGCAGGGCUAUGCAACCCGGACCUCGAAGCCGGACUCCGAUAAUUCAGCUUUAAGUUAAACACCCACUAUAAAGCCAUCGGCUCCUCGUACUGGUGGGAUGCGGAUAUGACUGAUUUGCAGCUACUAAGGCACAACGUGCAAUAUUGCUAUAUAUACAGUAGAUGUGUUAUCUCGCAAAGUCUUGAGGGAAAUUUUGAAAUAUAUUUUCUGUUUGAAAAGAUCGCCUGAGCAGGGUUUUAGUUUCAGCUUAUUUGAGGGUUGUAAUAUUAGUCAUAACGCAGCACAAUUCUAGGAUAUUGCAGUCACGUCAAAAUGUUCAUAAAUUUGAACGACAAUAGACGUUGCGAUAUGUAUGUAUAUAUAUGCAAUUUCCUAUGAUAAUACUUGUCCUAGACAUCGGCUGCGCAACUGGGCAGUCUUUCCUUUUAGAGGAAUGUAACUUACCCUCGAGAGUUCUACUAAACACAUUUCGUUACACUUAAAAAUUGAUUCUUCCUCUGAAGCUUACCGUGGGAAUGAACUUUCAAACACGCCGGUUAUAAUUGGAGAACCAGACGUCUUAUCGAUUUUUAAAAGUCGGAUUGGCAACUGUAUGCGAUUUUGUGCUCUAAAGCGCGGUAAUAACGUACAAAUGCCAUCCUUCGUUUAAAGUGAUCGAUAUUGUUUUGCCAUUUGGAAAGUUUUGCGGGCUGACACAGAAAUGGCUACCACUGGAUAGUCAUUUUCAAUUUGGAACAUCUGAAACAGGAUUUCUCGUGUGGUAGAUUUUCCGCAUGUUUGAAAUUGAGAAAUGCGACGAGCAAAACAUUAGCUAUUUCAGCAAAAUAUCAGUACUUAUAUGCUCACUCUGUCGCGUAUUCAUAAUCAUGUAACGCAACCCACAAGCGAGCAAAGAUUACGAAGAUGAUUUUAAUGCAAAUGGAAAAGCAUGUUUUCCCAUUUGCGUUAGAAACAUACCGGUAUGUCUUGGCAACGUGAGGGAAACGUCCAAAAAUGCCAAAUUUUUCAUGGACUUACCGGAUAAAAAUGUAAAGUACAAGGACAUCCGUCAGCAGAAUGCAGUGUUAAAGUACUCCUUAAAAAGGUAACUUACUAGAGAAGGUUUUCUAACUGAUCGAAAGUAUUCCAUUGUUGUCUUUUGUUGCGGGCAUUCGAUCUAUUCGACAGUGCGGCCACAUGUCUAGGUGCGUUUUUGCAUGUGACCCAAACGACCAUCUGUGGGAAAAAGAACGGCCAAAUGCUCACUACUUCGAUGAAUACCUUUGAAGGCUUUGAUAAAUACAUAUAAUGGAAUCGGAAUUUAUGGGCAAUCGAUUAAAAACACUGCAAAUCAUGAAGCAUUCGGCGAUAUUCCAAGGCUGGCCUAAAACUACGUAAUUCAGAAUGGCCGAAAGGUGCUAAUUAGGCCCAUGGAAGAAAGGUUUUCUUUAUAUGCACAGAAUGAUAUGUCUGCGAUUACAUCUGCCGUAGUUAUUUACAUUUAUUAGUCACCGACCGACAUUUCAUCACAUGACCUUAGAAAAAUUCGGUGGAAUGUUAAUGUCAACAAAGACAAGGGAGACAUUCUACCAAUAUCAUGCGCCGCUGUGCGACUGCUGGUUGGGCGUGAGGGAGAGCCCGGUAGGCACGACAGGGCGAGUGAGUUCCGUAAAAACGAUCGGUGAGCGCCCCUCUACCACUUAUGAAAACUUUUAUUCCUCUGACUUCCCCCUCGGCCUGGAUUUAUGCCAAAAGUCCCAUCCCAAGUUAUUGUAUGAUAGCGCAAAUGAGAGUAGUAGUUAAAAAUAAACAAAAAGUAAAUUUCACAAAAUGAGGGAUUUGAGUUGAAAUGUGAGGCCGUGGGAAAUAAUCGUUGUUGGCAGUGUAAUUUCUGCAACAGCCUGCAAAUGUAUGCCAGGACAAAACCCCGUACGACAUGAGCCACAGUCUACUGACAGUUAAGUGGGGUCCUUCUCUAUACCGUUGCCCAAAGUUGGUCUUCAUUAAUAUAGAUACUGGGUCCAUGCAUUGGUGUCGGUUUGCGAGUGUUUAGCAUUAAUUCGUAGAUUCCGACGCCCUUCACCAGAUAGGCUGCCUACAGCGCACACGCGUUCAGGCUGUUAGGAAAACGUGGAUUGACGGGGACCAAAUAAGUUGAGUCUCUCGUCACAGGACGCUGCCCCUGUCCUGUAUUUUUGUCUACCGAUUCUCUUUCAAGCAAACAGUUGUGCAAAAGCUUAUUUACUUGAAAGAUGUUACUCCACGACAAUAUACACAAAAAAUAUCAUCCAGCCUCCACCAAAUGCGUCAGGGCAUCCACAGGAGAGCACUUGAGGAAUCUACUUGUCCUGGAAAAUAUUGCCGUGGAACGCUUUUAUUAGACCAUCUUCCUGAGCCUAAAGACGACUACUUCCCCAUGCGUGCGCGUGUGUGUGUGUAUAACCUACUCAAGCAUAUGUUUAAGUGACUUUUUGAGUUUAUACGCGAGCGCCCAUCUGAAGUAGUGUGGACUCUUAUUCGCUCGGCUAGACAGAUGAGAAGAGUUAAUGAAUGCUUUUGCUACUGAGGGGACGGAAGAGGGAGAAAGAGAGAGAUGAGAAGGUCGGUGGCAGGGGGGGGGCGGGUCUUACUGGGGAGAAGCACGUAACAAUUAAUCAUAAUGACAGGUGGAACGAACAAGACUGAUUACGUGGGCUCUCGCGCGUAGGCUGAUGCUCAGGUCAGUCAGAUUUCUCCUGGGCUAGGGUGGGACAGGUGUCUUGCGAACUGCCGAACUGAUGAAGGAUGAUUAUGAGGACAAUUUGGGGAGCGAGGACGGGGUAGAGGAAGGGCGAGAGAGGGAGGGCGGAGACUGCAGUACUGAGUAGCGCGGCUGUACGGGGCAGCAUAAACUAACCGACAGUUCGAACGUCGUUUCCAACGAUGCCCACCGUGCGCUCCACAGCAGGGUGGGAGCAGGGACGGUGACUUGUGCGGGAAUUAGUUUAUACUGAUAGUGGACUUGCACAGCAUCUACCGCACUCCCUCAUCCGUCCCCACCUGGACCCGGUGUCAAGACAGAGUCAAGAGAACCGGAGGCGGGAGAGGGCGCAGGUGGAUGGCACGGUCGAGUCCGCAUCUUAGCGCUCCACUCCACACCCCUAAUCCACACAAAAAUGACCAGGUUUUUGACCAACAGCAAUAAUGGGGAAAGGCAGCAGGGGUCCCAGUUUGCGCGUCGCCUAUCGGUGCUACCCCGACCACUCUCGAAUGCCCAUCCGACGGAUGUUUCGUCGCAUGUCGGUGUUAGGGAUUGGUCUAGCUGUCGGUGAGCUAGUCAGCAAACCAUUUAAACCACAGGGGCAUCAACAUUCGUAUCAGAGUUCGGCGUCCUGCCGGGAAUAACGUCUCUGGAGCUAGAAGCCUAGAAGUGCUCAGCUGGAAGGUCUUGAAACGAUCACACUGCUAUCCCUAGUCACACGAAUAUACGCGAAGCCCGGUAGCAGUCAGGUACUUGAUGAGUAAAGAUUUUUAUAAAGAGGCGCAAGCAUGCAGUAAGUGAGUUAAGUCAUUAAAUCUCAACAUAAAUUCCGAAAUACGCUGUCGUUUCGAAAAGAUAAAUUAAGUAGGGUUGUAAAAAUAAUAAUCAUGCAGCAUAAUUCUAUGAUAAUUCAGUUACCCUGGGGAUACCGGCUUUCGAGCGAACUUCUUCCGGCUGCAUCCAAAAAUUAUACCCCGUAAAAAUGACUACUUAGGCAGCAUGCAUUUUUCUCAUUGGUUUUCGAUGCCCUUAAAAAGUCAAUUAUAUUUCACAGAAGACAUGCAUAAAAAUAUCUAUUCUUUUGUGCAUUCGGUAGAAAAUUACGUCUUCUUUCAAUAUUACGCUCGAGGAAAGAGUACGAUUUGGUUUUAUAAAACUUUUCCAAUUCCCGAAUAAUUUUGAACCCGACCUGCCGUUACACAUGCAUUCGGGGUUUCCAAACUACAAGCCGUAUAAUUCCCGCGUACGGUAAAACGUAGAUUUCUCUACGGUAUUAAGAGGAAACCAUAUGAAGUUCAUAAAAUUAAGCAGUGGAUUUGAGUCACAUUGUUAACUUUACCAGCCAGAGACAUGACGUUUUAUGAAGGGCCAUUUCGCAGUAUUAAAAAAUCUCACAAUUAUAAACUUUUUUGAAACCGAGUCAUGCCCUUUUAUUCGAGUAUAAAAUUAGAAGAAGACCGAAUGAGCAAAUGAAUGAAUAUUUUUAUGCAUGUCUUCCAUGAAAUAUAACAGAAUCUUUAAGGGCAUCGAAAACUACGAGCGGGCGAGAAACGUCCAUGCUCAGCUGGAAGGUCUUGAAACGAUCACACUGCUAUCCCUAGUCACACGAAUAUACGCGAUGCACGGUAGCAGUCAGGUACUUGAUGAGUAAUGAUUUUUAUAAAGAGGCGCAAGCAUGCAGUAAUCUCAACAGAAAUUCCGAAAUGCGCUGUCGUUUUGAAAUGAUAAAUUAAGUAGGGUUGUAAAACUAAUAAUCGUGCAGCAUAAUUCUAUAAUAAUUCAGUUACCCUGGGGAUACGGGCUUUCGAGCGAACUUCUUCCGGCUGCAUCCAAAAAUUAUACCCCGUAAAAAUGACUACUUAGGCAGCAUGCAUUUUUCUCAUUGGUUUACGAUGCCCUUAAAAAGUCGAUUAUAUUUCACACAAGACAUGCAUAAAAAUGUUCAUUCUUUUGCGCAUUCAGUAGGAAAUUACGCUUUCUUUCAAUUUUACGCUCGACGAAAAGGUAUAAUUAGGUUUUAUAAAAUUUUUACAAUUCCCGAAUAAUUUUCAACCCGACCUGCCGUUACACCUGCAUUCAGGGUUUCCAAACUACUAGCCGUAUAAUUCCCGCAUACGGAA